AUGGAUAUGCCAUCCCGAAGGGCACCAUCAUCAUCCCAUUCCUUUUAUCGGUGCUCUAUGACCCCUCUCAAUGGAAGACGCCACAACAGUUCAAUCCCGGAUACUUCCUGGAUGAAGAGGGCCAGUUCCGCAAUCGGGUGGCCUUCAUGGCAUUCUCAGCAGGAAAGCGCGUUUGUCCCGAAGAGAGUCUGGCCCGAAUGGAGCUCUUCUUUCUCCUCUCUGCUCUGCUUCAGAAAUUCACCAUCAAGCUGCCCCCGAGAUCUGAACGUCGGCUGCAUGCUAACAAAUAUGACAUUUUGUCCAAUGCUCAGCUGUGUGCCGUCCCCGAGCAUUAUCCACCAAGUAUGUUCUCUAAUAUUUCAUUAUGAGAUGACGUUUUGUCCUUGA